AUGGUGAAGCAGGCACGGGCAGUGAGGGAGGAACGGAGAGCCCAGCUGGACGCCAGGCACAAGUACCUGCUGACCAGGCUGGUGGACGGGGCGGGGCUGGGGGAGGCCGAGGUGGAGGAGGCCCUGGUGUCUGAUGACAAGUUUCAUUUAAUCGACGAGUUCUUCAUAGCAAAUGGAUCCAAGAGGCUGAUUUUCUUCUAUCAAGAAGUUUCAUCGCCACCACCCAUCCAUUCCUCCAUGGCAGACACAGUCAGCUCCUCCCCAGGUCAGAAGAAACUAUUCAUCACCACGGGAACGUCAGAGGCACUACUGGAGAAGUGUCUGUUCUUCUUGAGGACAACUGACAAAACUAUAACCACCGCCAACGUGUCACAGGAGGUGAACUUUGGGAUGCUGGACUGCUCUGAGGGUAGCAUGUUGUACAGCCUGGAGAAUAUGCUCUCUCAGAUCAUGUGCCCUGCUCUCAGGGCACAGGAGAACUGGGGCUCCAUGAAGGACGGCCUCUCGUCCCCACAGAUCCAGGACUUCCUGGGGUCAGUGGACUCCUUCGUCUCCAGCCUCACCUCAGCCAGACUCAACAUGGAGGGGAAGUUCCACCUCCAGCAGACCGAAACUAAACACAGCCUGACUGGUCUUCUGGGCCCUGCGGACUACACUGCAGCAGCCAAUAACAGCGAGCUGGUGGAGGAGCUGGAGGGGCUGGUCCUUCUGUGGGCCAAUCAGAUUAAGCAGGUGUUGACGGAGAGCGAGCAGAUGAGGAAGGAGGCCGAUGACAUCGGACCUUCGGCAGAGCUGGAACAUUGGAAGAGCCGUAUGACCACCUUCAACAGCCUCAUGGAUGAGAUCAAGAGGCCAGAGGUGAAAAGGGUGAUUGGUGUUCUGCAGGUGGCUAAGAGUAAAGUGCUGAGGGCCUGGAGAGACCUGGAUGGUGACAUCACUGUGGUUGCCAACGAGGCCAAAGACAACGUCAAGUACCUCUACACCCUGGAUAAGUUCUUUGGUCCUCUGGGACAGUGCACACCAACCAGUAUGCUGGAGUACCUGCCCAGGUUGAUGAACAGCAUCAGUAUGAUCCACAACAUCUCCAGGUACUACAACACCUCCGAGAGGAUGACCUCGCUCUUCGUCAAGGUCACCAAUCAGAUGAUCACCACCUGCAAGGCCUACCUGACAGAGGGCGUGGCCAAAGUCUGGGAACACCCCAGGCCUGAGCUGUUGAGGAGGAUCAGAGAGUGCUGUCAGCUCAACCAGGAGUAUCAGCUCUGCUUCCAGAACGUCAGACAGAGACUAAGGGAAAACCCUAAUGACAAGCAGUUUGAGUUCAGUGAGAACUACAUCUUUGGGAAGUUCGACAUGUUCUGUCGUCGUCUGGAGCAGAUUGCAGACAUGGCCACCAUCCUGCAGGACCUGGCAGCUCUGCCCGAAGUCAGAGUGGAGGGCAUGGAUAAGAUCUACGCCCGCUACCAGACCAUCGUCAACACCACCAAGACCAAGACCUACAACGUCCUGGACCACCGCAAACUAGAGUUUGACAGUGACUAUGCUGAGUUCCAGUCCCAGGUCCAGGCCCUGUUCCUGUCUAUCCAGUCCCUGAUCGACUCUUGGUUUGAUCAGUCACUCACUACAGAGCGAAUGCUGGAGCUGCUGUCCAGGUUUGAUAAGGGUGGGGUGAGUCGGCACCUGGACCUGGCAGAGCGCUACCAGCUGGUGCUGCAGCGCUACAGCAGAGACCUGGAGCUGCUCCGGAGACAGUAUCAGAGGCAGAGGGACAACCCACCCAUCCCCCGGAACAUGCCCCCGGUUGCUGGGAAGAUUAUGUGGUCUCGCCAGCUGUUCAGGAAGAUUGAGUACCCCAUGUCUAUCCUGAAGGAUAAGCUGGACAUCCUGAAGACCCCAGAGAUGAAGAAGGUGAUUCGCACUUACAACAAGAUAGCGUCGGUUCUGCUGGAGUUUGAGCUGCUGUACCACCGAGGGUGGAGUCAGGCGACAGAGAUGAGUCGUAUGGGGUUUAAUGCGUCUCUGCUCAUCAGACACCCUGACACCAAGGAGUUGUAUGUGAACCUGGACCCCCUGGUGCUGGAGGUCCUGCACGAGGCCCGGUGUAUGAACAAGCUGGGUGUGCCUGUCCCCAGGGUGGUCCUCAACAUGUGUCUCAGGGAGGCAGAGCUAAAGGCUCAGCACAGUCGUCUGCAGGAGCUGUUGCAGGACUAUGCUGCAGCUGUCUCCAGGGCUCCUCCCCUCUUGCUGCCCCUGCUCCAGAGCUACACCAGCAGGGUCGAGGCUGCCCUUUCCCCUGGCCUCACCACCCUCUCCUGGACCUCCCUCAACAUACACACAUUCAUAGACAACGUCUAUGAAGUCUUACGGGAAAUGGAGCAUAGUGCCAAGGUUGCCAUGGAUACGCUGGAGUGUCGUAUUGAGCGGGUGCUUCAGGCUAUGUCGUGGACAGCCCUGCUGGAGCUGCCUGAGGACAUGCCCAUCCCCCCUCAGGACCUCCUGAGCCAGGCAGAGAGCACUGUGGGGAUGGCCGCACAGGCACUCCGCAGCCAGAGCCAGCAGGUGGAGAAGUCCGUGUAUGACCUGAUGGAGGACCUGAAGAAGAAGAUGACCCCAGCUGAAGCUGUUAACCUGGAGGGGUCCAUGGUCUGUCUCCAUCCGGAUGCAAAGCAGAAAAUCCGUUGCCAGUCCUGCCUGCCUUGCCGCUUCUAUAACCUGAUGGCUCAGUUGUGUCAGAAGAACACAGAGGCUCUGGCCAAAGCCACCAAGUCGUCUCUGGACACUCUGAGACGAAGACUGCAUGUGACCAGCUCCAUGUAUCAGUCCUCCUCUUCCUCCGCUGCUUCACCGUACCAGGCCCGUCAACAGAGCCAGACUCCUCUCUUCAGAUCCUCCAUCCAGCUGGCCAUCCCCAACAUCGUCCUCAGGCCCAGCCUUGACGAAAUACAGAACACUGUCAACAAGAUUGUGAGUGUUGUGCUGUCCAUGGCAAAAGAUGUCCCUCUGUGGCAGUUUGCACACCUACACCACAAACAGCUACAGAUGGAGCAGGCAGCGUUACGGGACGCGGGGGACGAGGGUCCCCUGACCAAGCAGCUGGUUCUUAAGCAGCUGGACCGGCAACUGGCAGAGCAUAAGGACACCACCAAGGCUGUGAUCCAGCUCUCCUCCAUUGUCUCCUCCCUCCGUCCAGACGCUGCCGACACCCUGCAGGACUUCUCACACUUCUCCACCCUCUGGAACCAGGACCCAGAGGAGCAGGUGAAGGCCUUCCUGGAGACUGACCCUUCUCUUCCAGAGUUCAGCACUCAGAUCUCUUCGUACUCUAAGCUGGAGGCCCAGAUCGAGGACCUCCCAGCGUCCUGCACUGUCGGCUCCGUUCUGUUCGCCACAGACCUCCUCAAGCUCUCCCUCAGCCAGGAGUGUCGGGCCUGGAAACGGGCCUUCGGGACCGCGCUCAACACCCGGGCCUCCGCUAACAUGGCCGAUAUCUUCUCAUUUAUCGACGGACUGACCAAACGCCUGCAGCGGCCAAUCACCGACCUGGAGGAUGUGCGUGGCGCCAUGGCGGCCCUGAGGGAGGUCCGGGAGGCGGAGAUUCGUAUCGACGCCACGAUUGGUCCCGUGGAGGAGUCGUUUGCGCUGCUGAACCGGCACGAGCUGCUGUUCAACGACGGCAACGCUGAGAGGGUGGACGGUCUGACCUACGCCUGGAAGAACCUCCACGCUCUGGUGAUGCAGACCCAGAACACGCUGGUGAAGAUCCAGCCUGCCAUGAAGGCUGACCUGCUGGCAGGAGUGGAUGACUUCCAGACCACCGUCCAGAACUUCUACUCUGACUAUGACAUCAGUGGCCCAGGUGUAGAAGGCCUUGUUCCUGUAGAGGCCUGCGACAGACUGCAGAACUUCCAGGCCCAGUUCGAUGAACUCUGGAGGAAGUACGUCACCUACUCUGGGGGAGAGGAGCUCUUCGGACUCACAGUCACGGAGUACUCUGACCUGCAGAGGAUAAAGAGGGAGCUGGCCCUGCAGUCUAAGCUCUACACCCUCUACAGUGCCGUCACAGAGAGCGUCAGUGGCUACUACGACAUCCAGUGGGCCGACCUCAACAUCGAGAAGAUCAACACAGAGCUCCAGGACUUCCAGAACAGAAUCCGUAAGCUUCCGAAGGCGUUGAAGGAGUGGCAGGCCUUCCGAGACCUGAAGAAGACCAUCGAUGACUUCAGCGAGACCUGUCCUCUGCUCUACAUGAUGGCUAACAAGGCCAUGAUGGAGAGACACUGGGGCCGGCUCAGUGACCUGACGGGACACAGAUUCGAGGUGGACUCAGAGAACUUCGCCCUCAGAAACAUCAUGGAGGCUCCGCUUCUCAAAUACAAGGAGGACAUAGAGGAUGUAUGCAUCAGUGCUGUGAAGGAGAGAGACAUCGAGGCCAAGCUGAAGGAUGUCGUGGCAGAGUGGAGCAGUCACACGCUCUCCUUCGCCCCCUUCAGGACGAGGGGGGAACUGCUGCUGAAAGGCGCCGACACGGCAGAGAAGGUGGCACUGAUGGAGGACAGUCUGAUGGUGCUGGCUUCACUCAUGAGCAACAGGUACAACGCUCCCUUCAAGCCCUCCAUUCAGCAGUGGGUCCAGAAGCUGUCCAACACCACAGAGGUCAUAGAGAAAUGGCUGACUGUCCAGAACCUGUGGAUCUACUUGGAGGCUGUGUUCGUAGGAGGAGACAUCGCCAAGCAACUACCUCAGGAGGCGAAGAGGUUCCAGAACAUCGACAAAUCGUGGCAGAAGAUCAUGCAGCGAGCCCACGAGGUGCCGGGUGUGGUCCAGUGUUGCGUGGGGGACGAGACCCUGAUCCAGCUCCUGCCUCACCUGCUGGAGCAGCUGGAGGUCUGCCAGAAGUCUCUGAGUGGCUACCUGGAGAAGAAGAGGCUGGUCUUCCCCAGGUUCUUCUUCGUCUCAGACCCGGCCCUGCUGGAGGUUCUAGGACAGGCGUCGGACUCCCACACCAUACAGGCCCACCUGCUGAGUCUGUUUGACAACAUCAACAGGGUGGUGUUCCAUGAGAAGAACUACGACCAGAUCCUCAGCUUCCAGUCCCAGGAGGGAGAGACUGUGGACCUGUGUGAGCCAGUCCUGGCUCAGGGUAACGUGGAGGCCUGGCUUGGUCUGCUGCUGGAGCGAGUGAGGAAGACCCUCCACAGCAUCAUCAGACAGGCCUACCUAGCCAUCAGUGACCCGGGCCUGAAACUACUAGAGUUCCAGGCUGUGUUUCCGGCCCAGGUGGGCCUGCUGGGGCUGCAGAUGAUCUGGACCAAAGACUCGGAGGAGGCCCUGGGCCUCAGCAAGGCUGACAAGAAGAUCAUGCAGACGACCAACCAGAAGUUCAUGGACAUGUUGAAUGAGCUGAUUGACAUGACAACCAGGGACCUGACCAGGAAUGAGAGGACCCUGUACGAGACCCUUAUCACCAUCCAUGUCCACCAGAAAGACAUAUUUGACGACCUGGUGCGUCUGAACAUCAGGUCUACGCUGGACUUUGAGUGGCAGAAGCAGUCGAGGUUCUACUUCCUGGAGGAGUCAGAUCGGUGUGUGAUCCAGAUCACCGACGUGGAGUUCGGCUACUGCAACGAGUACCUGGGCUGCACCGACAGGCUGGUCAUCACCCCCCUUACAGACAGGUGUUACAUCACCCUGGCUCAGGCGCUGGGGAUGAGCAUGGGCGGGGCUCCCGCUGGACCAGCAGGAACAGGCAAGACGGAGACCACCAAGGAUAUGGGCCGCUGUCUGGGGAAGUACGUGGUGGUCUUCAACUGCUCCGACCAGAUGGACUACAGAGGGCUUGGACGCAUCUACAAAGGCCUGGCCCAGUCUGGAGCCUGGGGCUGUUUCGAUGAGUUCAACCGCAUCGAGCUGCCCGUGCUGUCGGUGGCGGCGCAGCAGAUCUACAUCGUGCUGCAGUGCAAGAAGAACAAGAAGAAGCAGUUCAUCUUCACAGACGGAGACGUGGUGGAUAUGGACCCAGAGUUUGGCAUCUUCUUAACUAUGAACCCUGGCUACGCUGGUCGGCAGGAGCUCCCCGAAAACCUGAAGAUCCAGUUCCGGACGGUCGCCAUGAUGGUACCUGACCGGGCCAUCAUCAUGAGGGUCAAGCUGGCCAGCGCCGGUUUCCGUGACAACCAAGUCCUCAGCCGCAAGUUCUACACCCUGUACAAACUGUGUGAGGAGCAGCUCUCCAAGCAGGUGCACUAUGACUUUGGUCUGAGGAACAUCCUGUCUGUGCUGAGGACGCUGGGAGCCGUGAAGAGGUCCAACCCGUCCGAGCCUGAGAAGACCGUGGUCAUGAGGGUUCUGAGAGACAUGAACCUCUCCAAACUGGUGGACGAGGACGAGCCCCUCUUUAUGAGUCUGAUCAACGACCUGUUCCCGGGCAUCAUCCUGGACAAGGCGGGCUACCCAGAGCUGGAGGCAGCCAUCGAGUCACAGACCCAGCAGGCGGGCCUCAUCUACCACCCUCCCUGGCUUCUGAAGCUGGUGCAGCUCUACGAGACCCAGCGCGUUCGGCACGGGAUGAUGACCCUAGGCCCGAGCGGAGCGGGGAAGUCCACCUGUAUCCAGGUGCUGAUGCGGGCCAUGACGGACUGUGGCUCCGCCCACAGGGAGAUGAGGAUGAACCCCAAGGCCAUCACCGCCUCCCAGAUGUUCGGCACGCUGGACGUGGCCACCAACGACUGGACGGACGGGAUCUUCUCCACUCUCUGGAGGAAGACCCUCAAGGCCAAGAAGGGUGAGCAUGUGUGGAUCGUGCUGGACGGCCCUGUAGAUGCCAUCUGGAUCGAGAACCUCAACUCCGUCCUGGAUGACAACAAGACCCUGACCCUGGCCAACGGAGACCGCAUCCCCAUGGCGCCCUGCUGCAAGGUGGUGUUUGAGCCCCACAACAUUGACAACGCCUCCCCUGCUACGGUGUCUCGUAACGGGAUGGUGUUCAUGAGCUCCUCGGUGCUGGGCUGGAGCCCUGUGCUGCAGGCCUGGCUGCAGACUGUCCCUAACCUGCAGGCUGGGGUCCUGCACACCUGCUUCAACAGCAUCUACCAGGACUUGGUGAACUUCAUCUUUACGGCAGUGUCUCCUAAAAUGAAUAUCCUGGAGUGUAUGUACAUCAAACAGACCAUAGACCUUCUGCAGGGUCUGCUACCAGCUAUGGAGGACAGGCAGGGAGGUGGGGCAGACGUGGCGCGGCUCUUUGUCUUCGCGGUCAUGUGGUCCGUGGGGGCCCUGCUGGAGCUGGAGGACAGAGUCAAGAUGGAGGUGUUCUUAAAGGGACAUUCCGCUCAUCUAGACCUGCCUCACACCGAGGGGGACCAGACCAUCUUUGAGUUCAUGGUCAACGAGCAGGGCCAGUGGGAACACUGGGAAAACAAGGUUCCAGAGUACAUCUACCCUCCAGACCAGGUCCCUGACUACUCCUCCAUCCUGGUCCCCAACGUGGACAAUGUGAGGACAGACUUCCUCAUGCAGACCAUCAUGAAGCAGAACAAGGCUGUGCUGCUCAUAGGAGAGCAGGGCACCGCCAAGACAGUCAUGAUCAAGGGCUACACCAGUAAGUAUGACCCGGAGGUGCAGGUGAGUAAGAGUCUGAACUUCUCGUCAGCCACGCUCCCCAGCAUGUUCCAGCGCAGCGUGGAGAGCUACAUAGACAAGCGGAUGGGCUCCACAUACGGCCCCCCUGCAGGGAAGAGGAUGACUGUCUUCAUAGACGACAUCAACAUGCCUGCCAUCAACGAGUGGGGGGACCAGAUAACCAAUGAGAUUGUGCGUCAGCUGAUGGAGCAGGGGGGUUUCUACAGCCUGGACCGUCCGGGGGAGUUCACCUCUGUGGUGGACCUCCAGCUGGUGGGGGCCAUGAUCCACCCUGGGGGGGGGCGCAACGACAUCCCCCAGAGGCUGAAGAGGCAGUUCUCCGUCUUCAACUGCACCCUGCCCGCCAACUCCUCCAUCGACAAGAUCUUCCGCACCGUGGCUCUGGGCUACUUCUGCCCAGAGAGGGGCUUCCCUGCUGGGGUGUGUUCCCUGGCGGGGGCCCUGGUGCCAACCACCAGGAGGGUCUGGCAGGCUGUGAAGGCCAAGAUGCUUCCCUCCCCAGCCAAGUUCCACUACAUCUUCAACCUGCGCGAUCUGAGUCGUAUCUGGCAGGGCGUGCUGACCGUGAGGUCAGAGGUGUGUCAGGACUCGGAGACGCUCUCCGCGCUGUUCCAUCAUGAGUGUGCCCGCGUCAUCGCCGACCGCUUCGUUGACGACCGUGACAGGCAUAGCUUCGAGACCAUGCUCGCAAAGAUAACUGUGGAGGAUCAUGGGUCAGCUCUAACUGAGCAUGCUCAGUGGGACUCCUACUUUGUGGACUUCCUGCGAGACGCUCCAGAGGCCACGGGCGAGGAGCCUGACGAUGCAGAUCUGGAGGCGCCCAAGGUGUACGAGCCAAUCCCAUCGCUGGAAGUGUUGGCAGAGCGGUUGGGGACGUUCCAGCAGAUGUACAAUGAGGCGGUUAGGGGCGGAGCCAUGGACCUAGUCUUCUUUAAGGAUGCGAUGAUCCACCUGAUGAAGAUCUCUCGGAUCCUGCGGACCCCCCAGGGGAACGCCUUGCUGGUGGGUGUGGGGGGGUCAGGCAAGCAGAGCCUUACACGCUUGGCCUCCUACAUCGCAGGAUAUCAGACCUUCCAGAUCACACUCACCAGGACUUACAACAGUAGCAACUUCCUGGAAGACCUGAAGACUCUGUACCGAUUGGCUGGCCAGCAGGGUCGCGGGGUCACCUUUCUGUUCACUGACAACGACAUCAAAGACGAAGCCUUCCUGGAGUACCUCAACAACGUCUUGGCCUCCGGAGAGGUGUCUAACCUGUUCCCCAGAGACGAGCUGGAUGAGAUCACCCAGGACUUGAUCCCCACCAUGAAACGCCAGUACCCCCGCCGCGCCCCCACCGCCGAGAACCUCUACGACUACUUCCUGUCCCGCGUCCGUAACAACCUCCAUGUGGUACUGUGCUUCUCUCCGGUGGGGGAGAAGUUCCGCACGCGGGCGCUCAAGUUCCCGGGCCUGAUCUCCGGCUGCACCAUAGACUGGUUCCAGCGCUGGCCGCGCGACGCAUUGGUGGCCGUGUCGCAUCACUUCCUGUCGCAGUACGGAGAGUUCCAAUGCUCGCAGGAAGUGAGGGAAAGCGUGGUGCGCGUCAUGGGGUCCUUCCAGGAUCUGGUGGCGGAGAAGUGCGCCGAGUACUUUGAGCGCUUCCGACGGCAGACCUACGUGACGCCCAAGUCCUACCUGUCGUUCAUCGAAGGAUACAAGAUCAUCUACUCGGAGAAGAUCGCCCACGUGGGCAUGCUGGCGGACAGGAUGAAGACAGGUCUGAGUAAGCUGAUGGAGGCAGAGCAGUCUGUGAGCCAGCUGUCUAAAGAGCUGGCAGUGAAGGAGCAGGAACUGGAGGUGGCCUCCCGCAAGGCAGACAGGGUACUGCAGGAGGUGACCGUCAAGGCCCAGGCAGCAGAAAAGGUGAAGACGCAGGUGCAGAAGGUGAAGGACAAGGCCCAGGCCAUCGUGGACGAGAUCGAGGCGGACAAGAUCGUGGCCGAGUCCAAGCUGGAGGCAGCCAAACCUGCCCUGGCUGCUGCGGAGACGGCCCUGCAGACCAUCAAGCCAUCGGACAUCGCCACGGUGAGGAAGCUGAACAAGCCCCCCCACCUGAUCAUGCGCAUCAUGGACGCUGUGCUGCUGCUGUUCCAGAGGAGGGUUGACCCCGUGACCCCUGACCCUGAGAGGCCCUGCCUACGACCCUCCUGGGCCGAGGCCCUCAAGCUCAUGCAGAACUCUUCCUUCCUCAGCAUGCUGCUGAACUUCAGCAAGGACUCUAUAACCGAGGAGGUGGUGGAGCUGCUGACGCCCUACCUCUCCAUGGAGGACUACAACCUGGAGCAGGCUAAGAGGAUCUGUGGGAAUGUGGCUGGACUCUGCUCCUGGACCGAGGCCAUGGUGGACUUCUUCUCCAUCAACAAGGAGGUUCUCCCACUUAAGGCUAACCUGGCCCUCCAGGAGGCCCGGCUGCUGGUGGCCCAGUCCGAGCUGUCCCAGGCUCAGGAGCAGCUGGACGCCAAGCAGAGGGAGCUGGACGAGGUGCAGGCGCUCUACGAUGCCGCCAUGAGGGAGAAGCAGGAACUGCUGGACGACGCUCAGGCCUGCCGCCGCAAGAUGGCCAACGCCACGGCUCUGAUAGAUGGCCUGGGGGGAGAGAAGGUGCGUUGGACGGAGAGCAGCGCUCUGUUCCAGACUCAGAUCAAACAUCUGGUUGGAGACGUCCUAUUGGCCACCGGCUUCCUGUCAUACGCCGGCCCCUUCAACCAGGAGUACCGUAACUUGCUGCUGUCACAAUGGAGACGGGAGAUGACUAGUAACCACAUACCCUACAGUGAUGACCUGAAUGUGAUCAGCAUGCUGGUGGACAAUGCCACCGUGGGAGAGUGGAACCUGCAGGGCCUCCCCAACGAUGACCUUUCCAUCCAGAACGGGAUCAUUGUGACCAAAGCUUCACGCUACCCUCUCCUCAUAGACCCUCAGGGCCAGGGCAAGAUGUGGAUCAAGAACAGAGAGAAGGACAACGAGCUACAGGUGACGUCUCUGAACAACAGGUACUUCCGCUCCGUGCUGGAGGACAGCCUGUCUCUUGGGCGCCCCCUGCUGUUGGAGGACGUAGGGGAGGAGCUGGACCCAGCACUGGACAACAUCCUGGAGAAGAACUUCAUCAAGUCUGGAUCCACCUUCAAGGUGAAGGUGGGUGAUAAGGAGGUGGAUGUGAUGAAAGGGUUCAGCCUGUACAUCACCACCAAGCUAGCUAACCCCGCCUACAGCCCCGAGGUCAGCGCCAAGGCGUCUGUGGUCGACUUCACCGUCACACUGAAGGGCCUGGAGGACCAGCUGCUGGGACGCGUCAUUCAGCUGGAGAAACAGGAGCUGGAGUCAGAGCGGGUGAAGCUUCUGGAGGAAGUGACCUCCAACAAGAGGAAGAUGCAGGAGCUGGAGGACAACCUGCUGUACCGUCUGACCAGCACCCAGGGCUCCCUGGUGGAGGACCAGAGCCUCAUAGACGUGCUGCGGGUCACCAAGACGACCGCCGAGGAGGUGAGUGAGAAGCUGACGGUCGCCGCAGAGACGGAGGUGAAGAUCAACCAGGCCAGGGAGGAGUACCGCCCCGUGGCCACUCGGGGCAGCAUCCUCUACUUCCUGAUCGUGGAGAUGUCCCUGGUCAACCUCAUGUACCAGACGUCGCUGCGUCAGUUCCUGGGGAUUUUCGACACGUCCAUGGAACGCUCCGUCAAGUCUCAGAUCACCUCCAAGCGCAUCGGCAACAUCAUUGAGUUCCUGACCUAUCAGGCGUUCCGCUACACUGCGAGGGGGCUGUACGAGGACCACAAGUUCCUGUUCACGCUGCUGCUGGCGCUCAAGAUCAACCUGCAGGAUAAUAACAUCUCGCACGCUGAGUUCCAGACCUUCAUCAAAGGGGGGGCUUCUCUGGACCUGAACUCAGUGGAGCCCAAGCCCAGACGAUGGAUCCUGGACCUGACCUGGCUCAACCUGGUCCAGCUCUCCAGCCUGGCUCCCUUCAGCCAGCUACUAGCCCAGGUGAGCCACAACGACCGUCCCUGGAGGGCCUGGUUCGACCAGCCUGCGCCCGAGGAUGCCCCCCUGCCAGAGGACUAUGACACCAACCUAGACACCUUCCGGAAGCUGCUGCUGAUCCGGAGCUGGUGCCCUGACCGGACCAUCGCCCAGGCGCGUCGCUACAUCGCUGAGUCCCUGGGGAGUCAGUAUGCUGAGGGGGUGGUCCUGGACAUGGAGGGCAUGUGGUCAGAGAGUGACCCCAGGACGCCCCUGGUCUGCCUGCUCUCCAUGGGCUCUGACCCCACUGAGAACAUCGAGAGACUGGCCAAGACCAAGGGGGCGCAGUGCAGACCCAUAUCCAUGGGCCAAGGCCAGGAAGUGCACGCUCGAAGGCUAUUGGCCCACAGCAUGACGGACGGGGGCUGGCUCCUCCUCCAAAACUGCCACCUGGGACUAGACUUUCUGGAUGAGCUGCUUGAGACGGUUACCGCAGCGACGGAUGGAGUUCACGAGGGCUUCAGGGUGUGGCUGACCACGGAGCUGCACCCUGGCUUCCCCAUCAACCUGCUGCAGUCUGCCAUCAAGUUCACCAACGAGCCGCCGCAAGGUAUGAAGGCGGGUCUGAAGAGGACCUAUAGCAGUGUGACCCAGGAGCAGCUGGAGAUCACCAACCUGCCUCAGUGGAAACCUCUGCUCUACGCUGUGGCCUUCCUGCACACCACCGUCCAGGAGCGUCGUAAGUUUGGCCCGCUGGGCUGGAACAUCCCGUAUGAGUUUAACCAAGCAGACUUCACCUCCAGCAUGCAGUUCAUCCAGAACCACCUGGACGAACUGGACCCUCGACGUGGAGUCAACUGGACCUGUCUGAGAUACAUGCUGGGAGAGGUCCAGUACGGAGGCCGGGUGACGGAUGAUCUGGACAAAUGUCUCCUGAACACGUUCACACGCGUGUGGUUCAGUGAGAACACGUGUGGGGACAAGUUCUGCUUCUACAAGGGCUACACCAUCCCCAGGGCCAAGAGCGUCUCGGAGUACCUGCAGCACAUCGAGACCCUGCCCCAGGUCGACUCUCCUGAGGUGUUCGGCCUCCACCCCAAUGCUGACAUCACCUACCAGACCAACCUGGCCAAUGAGACCCUGAGCACCAUCAUCAACAUCCAACCAAAAGACAGCGGGGGCGGGGGCGGGGAGACAAGAGAGGCAACCGUUCAGAGGCUGGCCAAUGAGAUGCUGGAGAAACUACCACCUGACUAUGUACCACAUGAGGUCAAAAGUCAGCUCCACAAGAUGGGUCACCUCCAGCCAAUGAACAUCUUCCUCAGGCAGGAGUUGGACCGCAUGCAGCGAAUCAUCAGCUCCGUGCGGAGCACGCUCACUGACCUCAAACUGGCCAUUGACGGUACCAUCAUCAUGUCGGAGGACCUGCGUGACGCCCUGGACAGCAUGUACGACGCCCGGGUCCCACGCCUGUGGCUGAGGCUGAGCUGGCAGUCUGCCACCCUGGGCUUCUGGUUCACUGAGCUGCUGGAGAGGAACCAGCAGUUCCAGCCCUGGAUCUCUCAGGGACGGCCGCACCAGUUCUGGCUCACCGGCUUCUUCAACCCUCAGGGCUUCCUGACGGCCAUGCGCCAGGAGACCACUCGUAGCAACCUGUCAAAAGGCUGGGCCUUGGAUACGGUCGUCCUGAACAACGACGUCACCAGGAUGAUGAGGGAGGAUGUCUCCGCCCCUCCGCCAGAGGAUGUGGGCGGGGUCUACGUGUACGGCCUCUUCCUGGAUGGGGCGGGUUGGGACAAGCGCAACGCCAAGCUCACGGAGGCUCCGCCCAAGGUCCUGUUCACGCCCCUGCCCGUGGUUCAUGUGUACGCCAUCAGCACGGUGGCUGCAGACGGGAGAAGGCCGCAAAGCCUGAACCUCUAUUCCUGCCCUGUGUACAAGAAGCCCCGCCGCACUGACCUCACCUUCAUCUUCACCCUGCAGCUGCGCACCCAGCCGAGCCCAGACCACUGGACACUCAGGGGAGUGGCCCUGCUCUGUGACUGCAAAUGAG